AUGAAUGUAGGGCCACUGGAUUCUUCGACAUCGCCACUUCUGGCCCUUCCUCCUGAGAUUCUCGAUCGCAUCUAUCAAUUUGCCCUUCCAAGCCAGUUCCUAGCGGUUCAGAAGUUCAAGGAUCCUUCCUUUUCACACGCCCAGCGACCAUCAGGAAUCCCCAAUCUGUUCCUGGUCAGUAGGCAAGUCUACCGCCAUGCAGCGCCCAUCUUCUAUUCACAGGCCAUUCUGAAUGUUGCCCCGAUAUGCCACUCCGACAAUGCUGGGUCUUCAGGCAUCCGGGCAUGGUCGAGUCCGUUGUUUGACCAUGGUGCUGGUGAUCUCGAUCUGACUUUUGCGUCGUGCGACCCUGAUUAUCUGAGAAAAAUUGCUGUGGUCAAUAUCUUCAGUGGCCAGCUUACUGCCGUUGAUUAUUCAUCUUUCGCAACGCUUGAUGACGAGGGUUAUGCGCGCUGA